CGACUCUGAAAAAAAUAAUGACAUCCAAAAAUUAGACAGUAAACUCAAGAAAACUACAUCGAAAACUCAGCGAUUACUACAGUGUGAAGUUUGCGGUAAAUAUUUUGACCGGCCAUCGCUCUUGCGAAGACAUAUGAGGACACAUACAGGAGAGAAGCCACACAUCUGUGAUGUUUGUAAAAAAGGAUUUUCAACUUCAAGUUCUCUCAACACACACCGACGAAUACAUAGUGGUGAACGACCUCACCAAUGUUCUAUCUGCUCAAAAAGAUUCACAGCUAGUUCGAAUUUGUACUACCAUAAAAUGACGCAUAGUAAGGAAAAACCACACAAAUGUCAAACGUGUGGGAAAUCGUUUCCAACACCUGGAAAUUUGCGAGCUCACCAGUACUCUCACUCGGGACGCUGGCCGUUCACUUGCAAUAUCUGUGGGCGUGGGUUUGGAAAGCAAACCAACUUCCGGAAUCAUCAAGCUUUACAUGCCGGAUGAAGCCUAUCUUUUUAGAGGGAUACCAAUCAAUAGUUUUGCCAAUCAAAGUUUUCUGAGAAUUUUCUUGACUCAUUUGGGAAAAAUCACACAAAAUUGCAGGGAGAUAAUUUAAUCAGAUGCCCCUGAGGAAUAUAAAACAUGACAGGAAUUUUUUUCAAAUAUGUUUUAGAUACCUGUGCAUUUUUCACGUUAUAUAUUGAUAAACAUUACAGAUGUAAGAA